AUGGGUAAGAAACAAAAGAAGGAAGUUGAGGCAUUUCCAAAAGAUGCGUUUAAUUCACUUAUUAUUGAGAGCAAAAAUGUACAGACUGUAGUUCUUAUGCUGGAUUCACCAGAGGAUGAAAUUUUGCUUAAAGCAUGUGAAGCCAUAUACAAGUUUGCCGAAAAAGGUGAUGAAAACAAAAUGGCUCUCCUGGCCCUUGGAGCUGUUCCGAAGUUGGCUAAAUUAAUAUCCCAUGAUGACAAACAAAUUCAUAUGUAUGCUACAAUGGGAUUUGGAGUGAUGGCAACCAAUAGUGAAGUUCGAAAAUCAAUGAGGCAGUUGGAUUUUCUACCAUCCAUUAUUGCAUGUCUAGCUCCAGAUGAUGAUGUUGUUGUCCAUGAACUUGCUACACUGUGUCUAUCUUCUAUGUCUAUUGAUUUCACUAGUAAAGUGGAAAUUUAUGAGAAAGGUGGGCUGGGACCACUUAUUCAACUUCUUUCAAGCCCUGACCCUGAUGUUCAAAAGAAUUCCAUUGAGUGUAUUUCAAAUUUAGUUAAGGAUUAUAUGUGUCGUGUCGCCCUUAAUAAAAUGAAUGGAAUAUUUCCUGUGUUGAACCUACUAAACUCUGAAUAUCCUGUCAUUCAACAAUUGGCACUGCAAACCUUAAUAACCGUCUCCAAUGAUGCAGGGAGCAGAAAGACACUGUUUCAGAAUGAAGGUCAUGAAAGCCUUCUGCAGGUUCUUGAUUCACCGGAAUUGAGUGAUCUUCAUGCAGAUGCAUUGCAUGUACUAGCAAACUGUCUGGAAGAGGCACAGAAUGUUACAAUUAUCCGUGAAUCAGGAGCUCUGGAAAAGUUUUUGUUAUUUGUAGCUACCUCCUCGUUUCCUGAAGCACAGAGGCAUGCAACUAAUGCAAUAGCAAGAUCAGCUCGUAACAGAAUCAAUAAUGACGCAGUCAAAAUAGCUGCUUGUGAAGCUGUGUCAGUUAUGUGUUCAUCUGAGUCUAGCAAAGAGACUUUCAGAACUGAAGAAGCUAUUGUUCAGAUAGUUCCACUACUGACAAGUGACAAUGUGGAAAUGAGAGAAGCUGCUGCAUUAGCUCUAGCAAAUUUAACAACUGCUAAUUCCAGCAAUGCUAGUGCUGUAUUCGAUGCUGAAGGUGUGGAACCAUUGGUGAAAUUGCUGACUGAGCCCGUGGAUGGCAUUGUUGUCAAUGCUGCUGCUACAAUUACUAAUCUAGCCUUACAGGAACCGAUACGUGCCAGUAUUCAGAAUUGUGGGGCUAUGACUGCCAUUGUGGAACCAUUGAAGUCUCCUAACACGUUGGUUCAGAGCAAGGCUGCACUACUUGUGGCAUCAUUAGCUUGUGAUGUAAAUGGAAGAACAGAGCUGAGAAAUGUAGGUGGUUUGGAACCACUUGUUGAACUGCUCCAUUCUAAUAAUGAUGAAGUGAGACGCAAUGCUUGCUGGGCUAUACUUGUAUGUGGAAAAGAUGAGCCAACAACAGCUGAACUUUGUAAACUGGGUGCUUUGGAGAUCCUGCAAGAAAUAAACCAAUCUUCAAGUCACAAGAAUAAUUUUAGUGAUGCAGCUGUGAAAAGACUGCUUGACCAUAAUGCAGCUCUCAAAUAUUCUUUGACUGGCUACUUGUCAUUCAACGACAUCAUCACUGAUGGUUUCUAUGAUCCUGGUUGGAUCAAACCAGGCAUGAAGGUAUUGCCUUUGGAAGAACUCAGUAAUCAAGAGGUGAACCAGCACCGGCCAAUAUUGCUAAUUAAUGCCAAAAGAGCAGAUGGACAUCAAAUGGCAGGAUUGUCUACAGAAGAAAAACUCACUGAAGCUUCGUCAGCUGCCAGUAAUCGUUUCCCUUCUAGCAAAGCAUACAGCAAAGAUAAACCAUCCAGUGUCCCCACUUUGGCACCAGCCCUGGAUGUUAGAAAGGAGGACUGUGCAGGGACAGCAGCAUCCAAGGAGCAGGAAAAUCGACGAAGAAGCAGAGGGAAGAAAGAAGAGGAAAAAGUUAAAGAGGAACAAUCUCAGUCCAAGAUUGAGGAGGAGGAGAGAAAUAAACCAUGGGAAUGUCCUUAUGAUGUACUUUUUGAUGCUUACCUCAGUGAAGUUACAAGAAAUAUUUUACCUCUCCUCAGCAUAAGAGAACAAAUUGUGGCUCUUGCAACGUUUGUUUCUGAAAAGAUGGGUGGACCUAAUCACAAGGAAAAACUUCAUGAAUUCAACUGGGAACUCCACAUUGCUGACCUGAAAUUUGAAUUAAAAUCCAACAUCAUCCCCAUUGGCAAAAUUCAGAAAGGUGUCUACUACCACAGAGCCCUUCUAUUCAAGGCUUUAGCAGAUAGAAUAGGAAUCAGUUGCAGUCUUGUUCGUGGAGAGUAUAACCGAGCCUGGAAUGAAGUCAUGUUGGUUGACCAACCAACCCAAGAUGUUAUUGGGCUUUUCAUUCCACCAACAAAAUACAUUGUGGAUCUUAUGCACCAAGUAGGCAACUUGAUGAGGACUGACAGUCCUGAUGCAGCACACUAUGAAAAUUACAGUAGUUGUAAACAUACUACUUGUAAAUGUUGCAAACAGUUGUCUUGGUACCUAGAUCAUUUUGAAAAUAAAUAA